AUGGAGAACAAACUGGACAGUACAUCACCACCAUUGGCCUCCUCCUUGGAAGCUGUCGAACUCCACCCUGCACCUUCAAGUUUAAUUAGUGAUGAAGGAGAUUAUCCUCCUAUAAAAAGUUUUACAGAUGCAAAAAAAAUAUGUUCUAUUGAGUCGUCCAAGCUAUGGGCAAUUGCUACUCCUAUUGCAUUCAAUAUUUGGUGCAAUUAUGGAAUUAACUCGUUCACCAAUAUCUUCGUUGGCCAUAUUGGAGAUGUCGAGCUUUCAGCUGUUGCCAUUGCUUUAUCUGUCGUUGCAAAUUUCUCUUUUGGCUUCAUGCUUGGAAUGGCGAGUGCACUAGAGACGUUAUGUGGACAGGCAUUUGGUGCAGGACAAAUAAAAUUACUUGGUGUAUACAUGCAGCGAUCAUGGAUAAUCCUAUUCGGAGCCUGCUUUGCCUUGUUACCUCUCUACUUGUAUGCCACACCAAUCCUAAAACUCCUUGGACAAGAGCCUGAUAUUGCAGACCUUGCUGGAGAGUUCACCAUGCAAGUUAUACCGCAAAUGUUCUCGUUAGCUAUCAAUUUUCCAACCCAAAAGUUCCUACAGGCACAGAGCAAGGUUGGAGUCUUAGCUUGGAUAGGUUUUGUGGCCUUAAUGGAACAUAUUGUGAUAGUUUAUCUCUUUGUUAAUGUGUUCAAGUGGGGCACUGUCGGUGCUGCUGCGGCUUAUGACAUCUCGGCUUGGACGAUUGCAAUGGCUCAAGUUAUCUAUAUAGUAGGUUGGUGCAAGGAUGGUUGGAAGGGAUUGUCUUGGGUAGCCUUUAAGGAUCUUUGGGGUUUUGUCAAACUUUCUAUAGCUUCAGCCGUGAUGCUUUGCUUAGAGAUUUGGUAUUUCAUGACUAUAAUCGUUCUCACUGGUCACCUUGAAGAUCCCAUCAUUGCAGUUGGGUCUCUUUCUAUCUGCAUGAACAUCAACGGCUGGGAAGGCAUGUUAUUUAUAGGAAUAAACGCAGCUAUAAGUGUUAGAGUCUCCAAUGAGCUUGGAUCAGGACAUCCUAGAGCCGCAAAAUAUUCUGUCUUUGUCACGGUUGUACAGUCUCUUCUUAUAGGAAUAGUUUCUGCAGUCAUUAUCGUGGCAACUAGAAACAAAUUUGCUGUCAUCUUUACAGAUAGUAAAGAGAUGCAAAAGGCCGUGGCUAGUUUAGCUCAUCUUCUUGGCAUAACCAUGGUGCUAAAUAGUGUGCAGCCAGUUAUCUCAGGUGUUGCUGUCGGAGGAGGUUGGCAAGCCUUGGUAGCUUACAUAAACUUGUUCUGUUAUUACAUUAUUGGUCUCCCGCUUGGAUUUGUUCUUGGUUAUCCAAUCAAAUUAGGAGUGGAGGGAAUUUGGGUUGGCAUGAUUUUUGGGACAUUCUUGCAGACAUUAAUCCUCUUGUAUAUUAUCUAUAAAACCAACUGGAACUCAGAGGUCGAACAGGCAUCUGAAAGAAUGCGACAAUGGGGAGGAGAGCUUGGCGACGAUCAUGGAUCUAAUGUUACCAAGAGAUUAUGCCCAAAGAUCUUACAAAUCGAUCAUGAUGCCAAGAGAUAUCCUUUUCCAAGGAUUAAAGACUUACCUCACAAGCUUUUUUCUCGAAUGAGAAUUGAAAAAUCAAAAAAUCUUUACAUCUGUCUUCUUUAUGUGGGAUCUUGGAAUACCUCUGCUUCUUGA